UAACCUGCUUCUUCUCCUUCUUUUUUAAUCUCCAAUGAAAGUGUAGACAGGUUUGGGACUUGGGAGUCCAGUUGGUACCACACUGGCAUUGCCUGAAAUUCAACCACUGAACUAACAAACCUACUACCCUUUGCAAUUGGAAUGCUUUCCCUAUGUAGGUCUCGACAUGCCCUUCACGUUUUCAACGCAUCUUCACGCUUUCUUCAUUCCUCUUCUUCCCGUAUCCCACAUAAAGCACCUCCUUCUGAUGUCGUUUACCCUUCCUCCUCCUCUUUGCUCUCCGACCUCGUCUCUUGCGCCACCGACGAUGCCCACAUCCGUCGCGUUUUCACUCGCCACAAGCGAGACCUAACCUCCCCCCUCGUUCUUCGCGUUUUGAAGAGCUACAAGCAACUGGGUAGGGCUAAAACUUUGAAAUUCUUCUCCUUGGCCGGGACCCACUUAGGUUUUCACUUUGACGAUUCCGUCGUUGAGUACAUGGCUGAUUUCUUGGGUAGGAGGAAGCUCUUUGACGACAUCAAGUGCUUGUUCAAUACGAUGUCGUUUCAUAAGGGUCGAGUUUCGCCCAAGGCAUUGUCCAUUUGCAUCAGGUUUUUGGGGAGGCAAGGGAGAAUCAAGGAAGCACUGUCACUGUUUGAGGAAAUGGAAACUGUGUUUAGGUGUAAGCCUGAUAACCUUGUGUGUAAUAACAUGCUUUAUGUGCUUUGCAAGAGGGAAUCAUCUUUGGAGAUGAUUGAGCUUGCACUUUCAAUUUUUCACAAGAUUGAUGCUCCUGAUACCUAUUCCUGCAGUAACAUGAUUGUUGGUUUGUGUAAGCUUGGUAGACUAGAGUCGGCUCUUGAGAUUUUUGAUCGAAUGAAUAGGAUCGGAGUGCUUCCCACUCGUUCUGCUGUUAACUUGCUUAUUGGGGAGCUGUGUUUGAUGAGUGGAAAAGAAGGGUCUGUUGAGAAGGUGAGAGUGAGGAAUACGCGGAGACCGUAUACUAUUUUAGUUCCUAACAUGGGAGGAAAUAGCGGCGUGAUUCAGCCUGCAGUUCAAGUGUUUUGGGCAGUUUGUAGUUCUGGCUUGUUGCCUAGUGCUUUUGUUGUUGUCAAGCUUAUGUCUGAGCUUUGUCGCUUGGGUAAUACGGUAGAAGCUGUUCGAGUGUUGAGGAUUGUCGAGGAAAGGAAAUUGACUAGUGUUCAAGAGGGAUACUCUGUUGUUAUAAAUGCAUUGUGCGAAUGUUGCCGAGUAGAGGAAGCUAGUGAUUUGUUUGGGAGGAUGUUGUCCUGUGGCUUAAAGCCAAAGUUGGUUGUUUAUAAUUCUGUUAUAUCGAUGCUGUGUAAAUUGGGAAAAUUGAAGGAUGCUACUAGGGUCUUUGAAAUCAUGAACAAGAACAGAUGCCUUCCUGAUGGAUUAACCUACACUGCUCUGAUCCAUGCUCACGGUGAGGUUAGGAACUGGAAAGUUUCUUAUGACUUGCUAAUGGAAAUGUUGGGUUUGGGAUGGAUUCCACAUUUUCACACUUUCAAUUUAGUAGAGAGUCUUUUGAGAGAACAUGAUCAGUUGGAUCUAUGUGUUAAAUUGGAAAGAAAAUUGGAGAACCAGAAGUUGCAGAAGCUGUGUAAAGGAGGUGAACUAGAUGCUGCUUAUGAGAAAGCACAAUCAAUGCUUGAAAAGGGUAUUCCUUUAUCUGCUUAUGCUAGAGACAUUUUUCAACAGGUGUUUCAGAAGUGUGGCAAGAUAAAAAUAGCACGUCAGUUACUGGAAAAGACUGAAAGAGUUCAGGAGCCUGAGGAGAUCAACAAAACUUAAGUAUUUAGAACAACAGCAACAAAAAAGAUCCUGUUGUUGGAAGUUGGAACAAUUUUGGGCUUUUUUGUUGACAUAUAUAGAUUACCAUAAAUUUUUCCCUCAAUUUUGUAGUUUUAGUUUGUAGUGUAUCUUUUAAAGUCUUGCAUUUUCCAGUAAAAUCUUCCAUGUUUAUCACUGUAAUUGUAAAUUGAAUAAAAGAAAAGAAAGGUUUCUGUUAAAAUACUAAACUUACAUUA